CGAAUGAAGUAACACCUACAAGAGUCUACAUGCUGAACACCUCAAUGCUGAAUUGAUCGGUGAAACAUUUUUUUCCCCUUUUCUUUUUCUUUUGCCAUCCAAGUUUUUGCCUCGGGAGGAGCAACUCAGAGGAGGUCGACAAGCUUGAACCAGACAACUCCGACAAAACUAAAAAAGUUUGAGGAUGCCGCACAAAAGGAGAACCCACGGUCACCACAGAGACGCGAAACAGUCGCAGCCGAGUCAGGCAACACCCAAACCGACACCUCAGGUCUCUGCUGGGAAGCCUGCGCAGUUCGAGAAGGCAUCAUCAGGAUCUGCCAUGGCUGCAAAGCCUGGGAUGGUUGCCACAGCAACAGGCGAUGCUACAGGAAGUGGGCCGGCAGCAGGGAAACAGACGGCUAAAGCUAAACCAGAGACUGCAUCUCAAGUCAAGGGCAAGGCUACAGUUCCUUCUCCUACAGCUGGAUCAGCAGCUGUCUCUGGUACGACAGCAGCAGCAUCCUCUACAAAACCUAAAGAGUCGCCCAAAGACUCGGCCAAGGUUCAGGUGGAAGUUUCUUCUGCAGCACCAGUAGCCAAACAGGCUCCUGCUGCAGAUCCAUUUGACGCCUUGGCCAGCAGCCUACCAACAUCUGACCCUGUUACCCCCUCACAGCCUUCUUUCACUGGGCCAGAGGUCAAAGAGCAUGACAUCACACCUGAGAAAGGUCAGAGGUGUGGAGACAGAGAGUCCACGCUGCCUCCAGGCUACAGAUCUGAAAAUGUGACUCCACCUACUGCAAAUAUUCAACAACAACCCAAGGAUGUGCCUAAACCAUUGAGCACAGACGACGCCCUGGAGUCUCUUUCAGCGGGUUUCACGACAUCCACUGCCCCACCCGCAGCCCAAAAGCAGGAGAAAAAUGUAACUCCUGCUAAAGCUUCUCCUGUUGCUGUGUCUCCUUCACCUCCUGCUGAUAAAAAACCCAAGAUGGAGAAAGUUUCAGAUAAUUUCUCACUGAAAACUGCAGAAGCAUCACCUCCCGUUGUGAAAGCUGCUCCUCCUGCUGUUUCUGUGAGUCAGGUUCCCCCCCCUGAGAAGAAGAACAAGGUGGAGAAAGUACCUACUAAGGCUGGCCCACCUCCUGCUGCCUCCACGGGUGGCUCCCCACCUCUUGAUGCUCUCAGCGCUCUUAGUGACACGUUGCCCGUGGACAAGCCAAAACCAGAAUCUCCCAAACUCAGACCUGAAGAUUUUGUCUCGGAGAAGAUCACAGCGGAAAAGGGUGUGCGUGUUGGAGAGAGGGAGGACACUCUUCCUCCAGGCUACAGGUUCAAUAAGGAAGAUCUAAAAAAGCUACCUGCACCUGAACCUGAGCCCUCUAUGGAGUCAGGUGAUGCUCUGGACAUUUUAUCAGGUGACUUCAUGACCUCAUCAGCUGCUCCCACUGUUCAAGCUCCUGUUGUGUCCUCAUCCGCUGCACCUGUACAGAAAGCUCCUGCUCCUCCUGCUGGUAAGAAAGAUGCAACAAAAACCUCUUCUGGUGAUUUUUCUCUGGAGGAAGGACUGUCUGCUUCUACUGCCAAGAAAGUGAAAUCUCAUGCGCCUCCUCCUGUGGCUGUGUGUCCCAUUCCUCCUGAUGCUAAAAAAGCAGCAGGAGGGAAAGCAAAGCCUGAUAAGGAUGACUCUGAUGCUUUCAGCGCUCUAAGUGACACGUUGCCAGCAGCCGAUAAACCAAAACCUGAACCCCCCAAACUCAAACCUAAGGAUGUUGUGGAGGAGGACAUCAAGGCGACGGAGGGUGUGACUACUGGAGGGAACAAGUGUCCUCUUCCUCCAGGUUACAGGUUUGAUAAGGAAGAUCUCAAAGACAUACCUGCACCUGAACCUGAGCCCAGCCUGGAUCCAGGUGAGGCUCUGGACUUUCUGUCUGGAGACUUUACCUCAUCCUCAGUAGCUCCAUCAGUCCAAGCUCCUGUAGCCCCUAAAGACCUUCCUGCACAGAAAAAAAAGGAAUCUUCAGCUGUGGACCUUCUUUCUGCAGAUGUGGUGGCUUCAUCUAAAGCUUCUGCAGUUCAGGCAUCUGCUCCUGCUCCCAAUAAGCAGAAACCAGAGAAAACGGUGUGUCCUAUGGAGCAACACAUCACACCUGACGUCCUCCCUGCUUUACCACAACAAACAAAACCCAAGGAGAAGAAGGAUGACUCUGAUGCUUUCAGCGCUCUAAGUGACACGUUGCCAGCAGCCGAUAAACCAAAACCUGAACCCCCCAAACUCAAACCUAAGGAUGUUGUGAAGGAGGACAUCAAGGCGACGGAGGGUGUGACUACUGGAGGGAACAAGUGUCCUCUUCCUCCAGGUUACAGGUUUGAUAAGGAAGAUCUCAAAGACAUACCUGCACCUGAACCUGAGCCCAGCCUGGAUCCAGGUGAGGCUCUGGACUUUCUGUCUGGAGACUUUACCUCAUCCUCAGUAGCUCCAUCAGUCCAAGCUCCUGUAGCCCCUAAAGACCUUCCUGCACAGAAAAAAAAGGAAUCUUCAGCUGUGGACCUUCUUUCUGCAGAUGUGGUGGCUUCAUCUAAAGCUUCUGCAGUUCAGGCAUCUGCUCCUGCUCCCAAUAAGCAGAAACCAGAGAAAACAGUGUGUCCUAUGGAGCAACACAUCACACUUGACGUCCUCCCUGCUUUACCACAAGAAACAAAACCCAAGGAGAAGAAGGAUGACUCUGAUGCUUUCAGCGCUCUAAGUGACACGUUGCCAGCAGCCGAUAAACCAAAACCUGAACCCCCCAAACUCAAACCUAAGGAUGUUGUUACAGAGGAAAAAGUCAUAAAGGAGAAAGGUGUGAUAGUUGGUGAUCGGGAUGACACGCUUCCUCCAGAAUACAGACGUAAUAAAGAGGAGCCCAAAGAGAAGCCUGCUCUAAAACAAGACAAUUCUGUGGAUGACAAAACAGUGGAGGACUUCCUUUCUGCGGACUUCUCUGCUCCCGCCCAGCCUCCUGCACCACUUCCUUCAACCACGACAAAGCUGGAGCCCCCUGAGCUGCACUCAGAGCCCCUGAAGCCAAUGGCUGGUGGCACUCUGGACUCUUUGGCUGGCACGCUGCUACCAGAAGGACUCCAGGCCAAAACUAAAACGGAGCAGCUGAAGAGUAAGAACAAGUCAAAGACUAAAAGCAAGUCAAAGUCUAAAACGCAAGCUGAAGCGGAGGCGUUUGCCGCUGACCUGCUUUCAGCUCAGCUCACCUCAGAUGUUGUGGCCACAAAAAAGGAAGGCAAGAGCUAGUUCACCUGAUUGGGGGCGUGGUCUGUCCUCCAGGGCACAGAGGGCACAUCAUUGGCGGAACUGCUUUUUGCGUAGUAAUUCUAUUUUCUAAGCUGUCACAAAUGUACUUGGGUUCCCCAACACAUUUGUAGGUGCCACCUUAGUUUUUCUAUCACAGAGUUCAGGUAUUUUCGAGUUCAUAUGAGAUUUUAGGUCUUUCACAACAGCCCAGGCAGAAAAGAUGAGUGACGAAAGAACAAAUUGUGUUGAAAGGUGGGAGUAUAAAACAAAUAUAUUUCUAGAGCUGCAAAUCUUGCAUCUACAUCUCAGAUGGCAAUCUUAAGUGACACACUAAUAUGACAACACACCGGUUAUGUCAGCACGGUGGGGCUGUGGUGUAUGGGGUGGGGGGCUGUCAGCACGUGUGGGAGCAGUAUGGAGUGUGUGUGUGUGAGUGUGUGUUUUGUGUCGGAAUGUUUGUGCAAUCUUAAUGUUGUGCUCAGAUGUCGUUGAGAGACUAAUGUACAGCAGAGUUUGCAUAUAUAUUUUGAACAAAGCUAUUAUUUCGUGUGGAGGAUAUCCGGGAUUCGUUCUCCUGCUGUCGAAAGAAAAACAUCUGUCCAAGAAAGGGUCUGUUGUAUCUGUGAAGCCUUACAGAGAAACACUCAGCAAGUGCACUUUGUAAAAUCAAGAUUUCUUUUACAGGCAUUGUAAACUGCCUCUGUUUACAGUUUUGCAGAACACAACACUGUAAAAUCUGCAGGUUUAUUUGUGUAAUUAAUAUUAAGAGACACUUUAGUGGAAAAACAUACAAACUGUAAGCUUCAAGAUAAUUGGCAAAUCUUUAAGGUGCAAGGGAAAUGUAAGUGUUUGUGUGUUAAAAUAAGAAUAAAAAAAAAUUGUUCUUCUUGUACCGAUGCGUGGUUUCCCACUCGGCUUACGGUUGAAGCAACCCACUUCCUUUUGACAAAUGUUUAAACAAAUGUCUGUUUAUCAAAUACAGUUUUGUUCCAAAAACCUUAUUGUGACUGAUGGGUAAGCAACAGAUUGUUAUUAUAUGUGCAAAAGAUACAAACUAAUAAAGGACAUCACAACUCACUACAUCA